UCAAAGCCCUAGCUACUCUCUGCAUCAUGGCUGCAGCCCAGCUUGCUGCAGGCCAUGCCGCCAUUACCGAAGCUACCGGCGACGCUGGUGGAACCGGCAGUAAAUAGCCCACCACCAUACUUUUGAGCACAAAACGGUGAACUAACUUGGACAAUAGUGGCUCUCGGUAUUGAUACUUCAACUCCCCGAGACGGAACUAGGCGCAGACCGUUCCAGCAGGACAGCACUCGCUUCCGAGGGGACCAAGCCGACACCGUCGGCGAGACCGUCGGCGCCGGCAAUAACAACAUUGAGCAGGGAACGAAGGCCAUCAUGGAGGAGACCGGGGACCAGCUCCCGCAGAUCACGGCCGGCGGGCAGCUCAAGAUGACGCUGCACCAGGUGAACGGCGACGGGGCCGGUCCUUACCAGUGCAUGAUCAACGACGACGGCACGGGAGAGGACUGGGAGGAUGUCGAAGUUACGCAGUCCCCUCCCGGGGAGAACUCGCGGGAUCGCGCCGGCAGCAAGACGGAUUUCCCGCUCGUCGCAGCUAUCCCCGACGACCAGAAGUGCACCGGCACCGUUGCCGACCAGGAGAACGUUUGCUUGGUCAGAUGCCAGAACGGUGCUAGAGCCGGGCCUUUCGGUGGGGUCGUUCCGGUCCAGAGUAAGAUGCUUGAACUCCCCCCCUUUUGGAUGACUUUAUCUAGUGUUAGCAACUAGUAGACUAACGCUAUAUGCAGUGUCUAAUUCGGGUUCGACUUCGACUUCGAAUUCUACUUCAACUGAUAAUAUACGCCGAAGUAUCUCUCGGGUUAUGAGGAAGAGCGUUGACUUUACUGCUUAGAUGGGGGAGUGGAUGCUGCUUUGCUUCCAAGGGAUCAUUUCGGGUCUGGGUAUAGCCUAGAGAGUCAGCAAUAUGAUGCGAGGUAUAAAGACGGGCUGGGUCCUGUAUAUUCAUGCCUAUGGCUGGUCUAGAUGUUCUAGCGCUUGAUGUGGACAUAUGUAUUAAUAAAUUAAUUUGAAGGGGCGACUAUUUGUUUUCAUCUUCUGAUUGGAUGGUAAUUACGAAAUUGUCUUAUAUCCUUUGGAAAUGAUCUGAAGUAGCGUGGUAUUGAAUAGUACAGGAUCCGAUGCUUGAUGACGUGCAGCUAGAGGCUUUGCUCGUAAAACUGAUCUCCUCUCUUAUAUCACAAUAACUACCUAACCUAACCUAAGGUACCUAUGUACUUGUAUUAUCAUCCAUUGGAUAGAAGAUAUCUAGAGUUAUCUAUGGGUUGUCAAUCGCAAUGAUAUUCAUGCUCUAUUACACCAUGCAGCCACCGUGAUAUCCAUUAGAAACUUACCUCAUGUUUUUUCUUCAUGUCUCAGACAAAAC